UGCAAGUAGCCAGCGGAUAUAUAUAAACAUUUGCGCUACGUCUUAUCCCAUUCCUUAUCACCAUGGCUCCUUCCGUCCCUCCACUACCUCCACCAAGCGAUAAUCAGGCUUAUUGCGAUAUCUCCGCCCUCGAGGGCGGCAUCUUGCAAUUGCCAUGCCACAUGUUCGUCACCACCGCACCCGAAGGAGAGAUAAAACUUGGUCCCGCGCUGUCUUUCCUCAUUACCCACCGUAACUCACAGCGACGUCUCCUCUUCGAUCUCGGCAUCCGGAGCGAUAUUGAAAAUUAUCCAGAACCAGUGAAAAAGAUGGCGUACAAUGUGUUUAAGGCGAGUGUACCAAGUGACGUACCUAAAUCGCUUUCGAAGGGAGGACUUAAACCUGAGGAUAUUACUCAUAUAUGCUUGUCGCACUGCCACUGGGACCACAUAGGAAAUACGAGCUUGCGCAAUUCAUUGUCGGCGUAGAUACGGCGUCGCUUUUCAAACCCGGAUAUCCAGAGGAUCCAAAUAGCAAGUUCCCGUCUGACUUGCUUCCAAAGGGACGAACAGAGUAUUUGGAUACCACUACCGAGGCGUGGAAGCCCAUAGGGCCGUUCCCUCGUGCUUUCGAUUAUUUCGGCGAUGGAUCUGCGUACUUCAUCGAUGCGCCUGGGCACCUUCCUGGUCACUUGAACUUCCUAGCACGAACGUCUCCGGAUGGCGGAUGGAUUUAUCUUGCGGGAGACACCGCACACGACUGGCGCCUUAUCCGGGGCGAAGGAGAUAUUGCAACGUUUACUACUCUGGAAGGUGGAACUGGGUGUAUGCACCUGAACCAGGAAGAAUCGAAGGCCACUAUGAAGCGCGUCGCUGACGUGCUCACACUACCACGUGUACGUGCCAUCCUGGCGCAUGACGCCGAAUGGUAUAGUGAGAACAAGGGCGGUGAUGCGUUCUGGCCUGGAUGGCCUGGAAAAAUUCCUUCGCUUUAGCGUUUAGUCGAGCAGGGUUUAAUAAAAAUGGUACUGAAACAAACAACAUACCGAUGUAAUAUAUAACGGUAAUGGCAGGGCUGCAAAUGAAGAAUCUGGAAACCUGGUUUAUGAUCACGAGAUCUCGGAAUUUUAUUUUCCUGAAGGUUUAUUUGUCGUGUCGCUUAUAUAUAAAAAUGGGCAGGCAACUUUUUCGUUCGGAGCGUAAUUGGCACAAUGUGGGAGCUGUACGAUCCAGACGGGCCUACUCUUGCUAAUAAGGAUGUUUAUGCACAUCUUCUCCAUGGUGAAGAGGGUGAAGUAAUGC